AUGCUUAUUAAAAAAAUAACACACACAACUCAGUCUGUUUCUAUCUAUCUAUCUAUCUAUCUAUCUAUCUAUCUAUCUAUCUAUCUAUCUAAAUCAGGAGUUCAAUCAAAAUACGCGACCCUGAUCUAUCUAUCUAUCUAUCUAUCUAUCUAUCUAUCUAUCUAUCUCAGUCCUUUUCCUAUCAAUCUAUCUAUCUAUCUAUCUAUCUAUCUAUCUAUCUAUCUAUCUAUCAUCUAUCUAUUUCAGUCUAUUUUAUCUAUCUAUCUAUCUAUCUAUCUAUCUAUCUAUCUGUCUAUCUAUCUAUCUAUCUAUCUCAGUCCUUUUCUAUCUAUUCAUCUAUCUAUCUAUCUAUAUCAUCUAUCUAUCUAUCUAUCUAUCUAUCUCAGUCCUUUUCUAUCUAUCUAUCUAUCUAUCUAUCUAUCUACCCAUUCAUCUAUCUAUAUCUAUUCAUCUAUCUAUCUAUUAUCUAUCUAUCUAUCUAUCUAUCUAUCUCAGUUCUUUUCCCAUUCCAUUCAUCUAUCUAUCUAUCUAUCUAUCUAUCUAUCUAUCUAUCUAUCUAUCUGUCAACAUUUUCUUACUAUGUUUCUUCCUUACUACUCAGCACUGUCUUUUCUUACCUUUCAUUAUAAUUUCCUCGUAUUUUUCUUACCAGAUUCCUUCACUUACUACUCGGCUGACAUUUUCUUUACUAUGUUUUCUUCCCUUACUACUCAUGCAUACUUUUCUUACCUUCAUGUAAUUCCUCUUAUUUUUCUUACCAUGUUUUCCUUUACUACUCAGCUUGACAUUUUUCUUACUAUGUUUCUUCCUUACUACUCAGCUGUCUUUUUUCUUACCUUCAUUAUAAUUUUCCCCUCUUAUUUUCUUACCAUAUUUUCUUCCUUACUACUCAGACAUUUUCUGACAUUUCUUACUAUGUUUUCAUUUCCUUACCAUGUUUCUUUCCAGCUGUCUUUUUUUCUUACCUUCAUUAUAUUUCCCUCUUAUUUUUUUACCAUGUUUCUUCCUUUCUACUCAGCUGACAUUUUCUUACUAUGUUUCUUCCUUACUACUCUCAGUUGUCUUUUUCUUACGCUUCAUUAUUAUUACUAUUUUCUUUCCUAUGUUAUUUUACUUCUGACAUUUUCAUUAUGUUUCUUCCCUUACUACUCAGCUUGUCUUUUUUCUUUACGUUUCUUCCUUACUUCCUCAGCUGUCUUUUCUUACCAUGCUUCAUUACUACUCAGCUUCUUUUCUUACUAUGUUUCUUCCUUCUUUUUAUUUUUUUUCUUAUGUUUUUCUUUACUUACUACUCAGCUGUCUUUUUUCUUUCUUCCUUACUACCAGCUUACAUUUUUCAUAUUUUUCCUUUUACUCAGCCACUUUUUUCCUUACGCUUCAUUAGACUGUCUUUUUCUUACUAUGUUUCUUCCAUUCCUCUUUAUUUUCUGUUUAUAUUCCCUCUGUGUCUUUUUCUUUCCAUGUUUUUCAUUUUCCUUACUUGUUCCUUCAGGUACGCAUUUUCUUUUAUGUUUCUUCCUUAUUUUCUGUCUUUUUCUUACCUUCAUUAUGAUUUCCUCUUAUUUUCUUACCAUGAUUUUCUUCCUUACUACUCAGCUGUUUUUUCUUACUAUGUUUCUUCCUUACUACUCAGCUGUCUUUUUCUUACGCUUCAUUAUAAUUUCUCGUAUUUUCUUACCAUAUUUCUUCCUUACUACUCAGCUGACAUUUUCUUACUAUACCCUUCCUUACUACUCAGCUGUCUUUUUUUACUUACCAUUUAAUUUCCUCGUAUUUUCUUACCACGUUUCUUCCUUACUACUCAGCUGA